UUAAACUUCUCUUAGAAAAAUCCAAGAGCUUAAACAAAAGGGAAAUGAUGGUUUCGCUCCCACCUAUACCAACAGAUUUCGAAGCAGGUGACAAAGAAUUCAAAGAUAUAUGCAUAAUGCAUAGAAUCAUGGACUCAAUGUAG